CUCCUGACCUGAACCAUGGCAACCCAGGCUUAUAAACACCUAAUUAAUGACCCUGAAACAUGUGUUGAUGAUAUGUUAGAUGGGGUCCUUGCAAUGCACCCUAAUUUGAAGCGGCUAAAAGGCUAUCGCGUAAUAUUGCGAGAAGACAUCGAAGAAUACAAAGCGUCCGGUAAAGUGACUUUGCUAUGCGGUGGUGGGUCUGGACAUGAACCCUUUGCAGCUGGCUACGUUGGGAAAAACAUGCUAUCUGCUGCCGUUGCCGGCGCUGUAUUUGCAUCUCCGCCACCCAAUGUGGUGCUGGCCGCUCUGAGGGCACUUGCUUGCCCAGGUAAGCGAACCGGUACACUGCUGAUAUUGAUAAACUACACGGGUGAUAGGCUGAACUUCGGAAUUGGUGUUGAACGAGCAAGAGCCGAAGGCUGCAAAAUCGAUGUGGUGACUGUCGCCGAAGAUUGCGCCCUCACUAGUACAGACAAAACAGCAGGGCGACGUGGGCUGAGUGGAGCUGUAUUUAUACAUAAGAUUGCAGGUACAUUAGCAGAAGAAGGAAAAUCGUUGGAAGAGAUCGUAAAAAUAACAUUAGAAGCAACACAAAACAUGGGAACCAUAGGCGUCGGCUUAUCUCCAUGCUGUGUUCCUGGAUCUGGAUCCACAUUCACUCUGGGAGACGACGAGAUGGAGCUAGGACUAGGAAUCCACGGAGAAGUUGGCGUCACCAGAAUGAAGCUUACACCUGCAGUGAAUGUAGCUGCGACUAUGAUAAAUCACAUGACCAACCCAAGAACGAGCAGCCAUAUUAAAAUUGCCGCGGGUGACAAGGUGGCGAUCAUUUUAAACAACCUUGGCGGCACUUCGACUUUGGAGUUUUGCGUCAUGGCUAAAGAAGUUAUUGCCUUUUUAGAAAACAAAGGCGUUACCUUGGAGAGAGUGUAUGGCGGCCAUUUUAUGACGUCACUUGACAUGGCAGGUGUGGCGCUCUCAAUUUUACACUUGGAUGGGACUCGUAGACGUUGCUUGGAUGCUGAAACUACCGCAUUCGGCUGGCCGAAGACCGUAAGCUCCGAGUCGUUGCUACCGGGAAUGAAGCGUAGUAAUCGAGACUACGCCGAAAUUACGCCGAAAGAACAAGAUACACGUGUGGCGCAACCUGCUGGGGCCGAUAUAAGUGAAGAAAUGAAAACAUCGGUGGUCAAAGCGGUUCGAUCAGCUUGCGAAGCUAUUAUUGCAUCCGAGAGCGUCCUCAACGACCUCGACAGGGAGGGAGGCGACAACGAUUGUGGGACCACGAUGAAAGGGAUUGCUAUUGGAAUACUAUCUUUGUGUGAUUCUUUCUCACAAAUGACUCCGUACGCCAUGUUUGUCGCUAUGGCAACUUCAAUUCAAAAUACAAGUGGUGGUGCAUCUGGGGCACUCUAUGGUUUGCUGUGUACAGCUGCCGCAACGCCUUUGCAGAGGUCAACAGACAUCGAUGCUUGGGUUGACGCCCUUGGUUCUGUCAUUACAGCUUUAUCUAAAUAUGGUGGCGCUGAACCCGGGGACAGAACCAUGCUGGACCCGUUGUAUGCAGCAUAUAAAGUUCUUGUUUCGGAACUUAAGGAAGGGGGCGUAACGUCACUGGAUGCGUUUGGAAAAGCCGUGCGGGCGGCCGAAGAAUCUGCCGAAGCUACUGCAAAAAUGGAAGCCAAAGCAGGACGUGCUAGUUAUGUGAGUCAAGACAAAUUAACCAAGCCUGACCCAGGGGCCACAGCAGUUGCCAUUUGGAUGACAGCUAUUUAUGAUAUAUUAAUUCAGUGAAGAGAAGACAGCUUGUGCUGUGUUACGUAUAUGCUUUCAUAAAGACAGAUAGUUACACAAUGGCACAUAAAACACUAAUUACGUCAUAUUGACAAGAUCUAGUAAUUACUAUGAAUAGAUAUUUUUCUGAUGAGCGGGGGAUCUGAAAAGAGCACACUGUGCAUCAAAGAAUCCCUAAUUUUUAGUACCACAACAGUUAAUUGUAAACAAAGCAAAUUGUCGCCCGACACCCUGCCUUGUAACAACACCGUGGGACGAUCACGGCAUCGUUGUACACAUACGGAGAUUGCCCCCGCAUAUGUUUUGAGUAAUUGAGUCAUGAAUGCGGCUUGCGUCGGGCAUUCUAGAGGUAAUUUGAAUUAAAUAAAAUGCCAGGAUUUUGGA